GAAGCAUUCGAAGUGGCUGUUCACCAUCUACGAGGAGGUCUCCCUGAUUUCGGAAUUCCUACUUUGGAGCCUUUUGUGAUCCCGCAGUUGGUUAUUGGAGAUUCAAACACUGACGCCCCAGUAAACUUACAUAUCAAUUUUUCUGAUAUUAAUGUUUAUAACCUUCCUACUGCAAGAAUUUCAAACAUUAAGUUUGAUUAUGAGAAUUUGCGUAUUAAUGCACAUGCACAGGCGGAAAAAGUCUUCGGAGUAGCCAACUACAUAAUGGACGGGCGAAUUCUGCUUAUUCCCGCAAAGGGCGAAGGCAAAGUAUACCUUAAUUUAACAAAUUUGGCUGCAGACAUUACUAUUAAUGGAGAAAGACAAAUGAAGAAGAAUAGAGAUCACAUGAAAGUUAAAGAUUUUACAUUCAAAAUCACUAAUGCCGACAAAUUGGAAAUGCAGUUUGACAACCUCUUUAACGGCGACAAGACUCUUGGAACCUCCAUCAAUAACCUUGUCAACGAGAAUUGGAAGGAAAUUUGGUCCCAGCUCGAGACUCCUCUGGAAGAAAUUUUCGGUUACACCUUUAAGGAAUAUUCGCGCCGAAUCUUUGACAAGGUUGCAUUGGAUGAUGUCUUCCUUCCCCCUUCAAGUUAAUUGCCUGGAAAGUAAUAUUUGGUGAAGCUGUCGGACCAUAUUUCCCAAAAAACUUCAUCGAUUCAUCUAAUGCUAUUAUAAAUAAUUGUAAUUAUAAUGACAUUGAACGGCUGUCGAGUACAUUUUUUAUUAGAAAUUGAUGUUUUAUCUCAUAUAAUAUUAUAUGAUAAUUAAAGAAAUGAGAAAAUGUAGUAUUCCUCUGCCAAGUAAAUGUUGAUUAUGAUCUCGAUGACUGCCAGUAAGAAAUGGCUGGUGACUUUGUAAUAGCAUAUUUCAAAAAUUAUAUUUAUAUACACAUGUAAUGCUAUUACAUAUAUUUGUAAUUGCAUGUCAAUAAAUGCCUUUUA